AUUUAAAACAUUAGAAGUUUAUACUUUGCAAAUUUUAUUUGGGUACAAAAUAAUACUUUACAAUCGUUUACUGCAAGUAGACAAAAUAUGGAACUUGUCAACCCUAGUUGUUUUAGCUAAAUAAUCAAUAAAUGCGUAUUAAUUUACUCGCUUGCUCAAUUGUUUCUUUCUUUACGAUUCGAACACAGCAGUGCACGGAGCCAAAGUUGUUUUUACAGUGUUGUAACAUUUUUUAUACAAUGUCUUCCGAUUCAGAAUUUGAAAGCAUUGCUUCUAUUAGCAACACAGCAACGGGUUCAAAGACGAAUAAAGAAAAAAGGCAAAAAAGAAAACCUGAUGCUUCAGGGUUUGAGUCGGAGGUGGAGUUCGAGGAAACAACGAAACAGAAAAAAGUGAAAAAGACCCCAAAACCAAAAUCGAUCAGAACGCCCUCCACCGCCGCACCAAAGAAGAAGGCUUCGAAGAACGACAACCCGUUCGAGCUAUUUCCUGAAGAUGAAGACUUAGAAGCGUCCUCGGCAUCGCCGCUAGACUCCUCUAUCGUUCAGCGGGUUGCCAACGGUCUGACGAAACGGACACUCGAGCUCGAUGGUGCGUUUUUCGUGGAGUUACGCGUCUACAAAACUGACGACGUGCGCCGUGAGUUACCUGAGAAUAGGUGGAAAAAAGCUCUGUUAUCAAUUAAAACCCAACUUGACUCAGACACUCCACCAUGGGAAAGUCUGAUUAAGUUUACUAAACAUUUAAAAUCAGUUUUUAAAGACACUGAGGCAAAAUUUUACCCCAAUAAAGAGUAAUUCAUGAGUGGUCUCUGAGUUGGGUUGGGUUACUUUAAUUGUAAUAUUUUGUUUGUAUUUAAAUAUCCGUUCAAGUGGCAGUAUUCGGCUUCAUGAAAAUUAAAUUUUAAAUUCUACCAACCCAAAAAUGGCGUAUGCCUCUUGAUUGGAUAUUUAUUUUACAUUAUCCAAUUUUCAAUUCAUUCGGUUUUGAUCGUUUCUAAUACUAAUCGGCUCUAGAUAAAUUAAAUUAAGUAUGCCUUUCUGCUACAAUUGUUCACUUAAUGUCACAAAAAAUAAAUGGGUAGGACACUUGAGAAGUACAAAACAUAAAGAUAAUUCUCAAGCGUCAAUAAUUGAUGGCGUGGUUGAAAUUACAUCGGCUUUUAGAGGGCGUAUAUCAUCUCAUAGAGUACAUGGAUCAGAGGAAUUAAAAUUUGCUAAACCUGAAGUAUUUUUAGAAUCAUUAAAAUCCAAAUUAGAGAGUAUUAUAAAAUCACGUUUGCUAAAACACAUUUGCCUGAAAAUUAACUUUGAGUACUUCUGCAACUUUUUAUUAAUCAAAGACAAUAAACAGGAAGUUAAAUCUUUUACUACAAAAAAUUUCACGAUCCAUCAAAAUUAUGAUUUUGGUGAGAUGUACCAAAUAGUAAUAUGUGACUUAAAUAAAAAAAUUGAGGAGUUCCAACAACGUGACAGCGGAUGGACGUUUCUAACUAAUGAAUAUUUGGAAAUAAAUAUUAAUAAAUAUCAGCCAUUAAAGGGGUCUUCGUACAUAGAUUUACCUAAGUGUAUUAAGAACAAAAAAUCUUGCAUUAACAUACAGAAUAAGGAUGAUUUUUGUUUUCUGUGGAGCGUUGUAGCUGCGCUCUAUCCUUCUAAGAAUCAUAAAGAGCGUACAACCUCAUACCCUCACUUCAAAGAUGUGCUGAAUAUUGAUAAAAUAAAUUUUCCAAUUACUUUCUCAGGUAUUCGUACCUUUGAGCGUAAUAAUGUAGAUUUAAGCAUCAACGUAUAUUCCUUAACAAAUAAUCGCACAGUUGUUGGACCUCUUUAUAGAUCUGAGUAUAAUAGAAAUAAGAGAAUUAACUUACUCUUAAUUGAA